UUCCAGCCCGCCGCCCCGCGCCCCCUUCCCCCGCCGCGGGGCCGGGGCCGCCGCCGCCGCCGCCGCACCGGCCGCCCGGCGAGGGGCCGCCGCCACCGCCCAGCAUGUCCGGAAAGCCCAAGGUGUAUCAAGGGGUCAGAGUAAAGAUCACGGUCAAGGAGCUACUGCAGCAGCGAAGAGCACGGCAAGCAGCAACCGGCACCAUGGUUUCUCUGGGCGGCAGCAGCAUCCAGUUUUCAGAGUCCGUGUCUCCUCCUCACCCAGCACCUUUCGAUGCAGAACCCGUCUCCUCUGCUCCCAGCUAUUGUCCAUCACGGCAGUUUUCCGAUUGCUUCUCCUGCGAAGAAAGCCCUAGCUAUUUGGAGCAGCUGGUAGAUUCCUAUCUACAGACAGAGGCGCCCUUAGACCCAGCGCUCAGCGCUCUCCAGACGCCCUCGCACUACAUCUCCGACUCCUUCCAGCCAGGCCCGCUCUGCUUUAACCAGAGCCUGGGUCCUGGAUCCCCUAGUUCAGCGGAUCUGUCCAGCCCACUAAACUAUAGCUGCUCCCCACCUCAGCUACCUCCUUUCACCCCGCUGCCCCACAGCCCACCCUCCGCCCUGGACACCAAGACCUACGGCUGCCCCUCCGAGGAGUGGUCCUGCCACACCCCCUCCCUGUACACCGCCUCCGCCUGCUGCUGCACGUCCUGCGGCUCCGAGCACGGGGACACGCGGGUCCCGGAGUACUUCUCCUGCCCCGGCACAGACUGCAUGGACUACCUGCCGCCCGUGGCCAUGGCCGAUGACUUCUUCAGAAGGGCUGGGAACUGUGACAUCUGCUACAGCUAAUGGGGACAGUGGUUUUUACACAGCCAUUGUAUCCAAAUCAGAUUAAUUGCCCAUGAACUAUGCAAAGUACCACUGCCUAACACAGCUCAGUUUAUUCUUCACUACUCACAUAUUUUCUACAUGCCAUUGUCACUACAUUAGUCCUCCUGUCUUGUAUGGUCAGGGUUUUUUGGUUUGUUUUUUUAAGAAACCCUAAAUCACCUUACCAGACACGUAGCUUACCAGACACUAAGACUGCUGUUUUUAUGACAAAUAAAUAACUUUGUACUCGU